AGAGAGAGCACCUAUUUGAGGAGAGUCUGCUGCUGUGGCGGAUUGAAGGAGAAUUCAUCAUGCAUAAGAUGCAAAAGUAAGACCUAAGUAGUGUAUUAUGCCUGAUGACGCCCUUUAGGAAUCCUUCCCAGCAAAUGGCAGAAAGCGCGCACACACACAACGCUUGCCUGUUUAUUAAUAAUUAUUUUAGCUGCGUAACUUGGGUGCGUGGAAGCAGGAGGGAUGAGGGUUCGUCAACCCAUCAUUUUUCUCACCUCUGACUUUUCCCUCUUUCACCUCUUCUUUUAUUUUCUUUUCUGCUUUUUUACGGGAAACUACUUGUAAUAACUACAACUCAGUAAAUAGAAAAAAAGAAAAUGCGCGAGGCUAUUUCCGUUCAUAUCGGGCAAGCCGGUGUUCAGAUAGGAAAUGCGUGCUGGGAACUGUAUUGUCUCGAGCAUGGUAUCUCUCCAGACGGUCGUUUACCGGAGGAUCGGCCCGUUCAAGAUCGAUCAUUUGAAACUUUCUUCUCUGAAACAGGCAAAGGAAAGUACGUGCCGCGCACCGUCUUUGUCGACUUGGAGCCAACGGUGAUUGACGAAGUGCGCACGGGUACCUAUCGUCAACUCUUUCAUCCUGAGCUCUUGAUCACUGGUAAAGAAGAUGCAGCAAACAAUUAUGCGCGUGGUCACUAUACUGUCGGCAGGGAAAUGAUCGAUAAUGUGAUGGACCGUAUACGCCGCCUGGCAGACAAUUGCAGUGGAUUGCAAGGGUUCUUGUUGUUCCAUUCGUUUGGCGGUGGCACUGGCUCCGGGUUCGGGUCCUUGUUGAUGGAACGGUUAUCGAUGGACUAUGGCAAAAAGGCCAAGCUCGAGUUCAGCGUCUAUCCGGCGCCACAAGUAUCGACGUCGGUGGUGGAACCCUACAAUUCGAUUCUGACCACACACGCAACGUUGGAACAAUCCGACGUAUCUUUCAUGGUUGACAAUGAAGCCAUCUAUGACAUUUGCCGUCGCAACCUGGACAUUGCACGACCGACCUACGCCAACCUCAACCGACUGAUUGCCCAAGUCGUCUCAUCCAUUACCGCUUCACUGCGUUUCGACGGCUCGCUCAAUGUGGACUUGGCCGAGUUCCAGACCAACUUGGUGCCGUACCCACGCAUCCAUUUCCCGCUGGUCACGUAUGCACCGAUUAUUUCAGCAGCCAAAGUCUACCACGAGCAACUCUCUGUGCCGGAAAUCACAACCUCUUGCUUCGAAUCGAAUAACCAGAUGGUCAAGUGUGAUCCGCGCAAGGGAAAAUACAUGGCUUGCACUUUACUGUAUCGCGGGGAUGUGGUUCCCAAGGAUACCAAUUCUGCUAUCGCGACCAUCAAGACUAAACGCACGAUCCAGUUUGUCGACUGGUGCCCGACAGGUUUCAAGGUGGGCAUCAAUCACCAGAAGCCCACGGUCGUUCCUGGUGGGGAUUUGGCAGAAGUGCAGCGUGCCGUUUGCCUGCUGAGCAACACGACGGCGAUCGGCGAGGCAUGGAGUCGGUUAGACUACAAGUUUGACUUGAUGUAUGCCAAACGUGCGUUUGUGCACUGGUAUGUCGGCGAAGGCAUGGAGGAAGGCGAGUUUUCUGAAGCACGAGAGAAUCUGGCAGCUCUGGAAAAGGAUUACGAAGAAGUGGCGUCUGAUUCCUUGGGCGAUUCAGAAAUGGAGGAGGCACAAGAGGAGUUUUAAUCCCAAUAGUAAACAACUUUUAUGAUUUAUACUUUUUCUUUAUUAUUAUUAUUAUUACUAUCAUCGUUGCAAAAUAAAAUAAUAUAAUACAUCCGUUUUAGAGAAGAUGCACAAAAGAAUAAAAGAGA